AUGGCGCACAUAAUCAACACAGCCCGUAUAAAACAAAGGUCACUUGUAAUCACUUUACUCGAUCUGAAGAAUGCAUUCGGUGAACUACAUCACAACCUUAUUUACAAAGUUCUUCAAUAUCAUCAUAUACCCGAUCUUAUAAAUGAAAUAAUCCGGAGUCUUUAUACUAACUUCCAAACAUCUAUCAUAACUGAAAAAUUCAGUACCCCUUUCAUUACCGUCGGCCGUGGCGUUUUACAAGGUGACUGCCUUAGUCCACUCCUUUUCAAUAUGUCCUUUAAUACCUUCGUACAACACAUUAAAUCUGAAUCAUUCCUGCAGCUUGGUUUUUGGAAAUUUAAUAAAGCUGGUAUUCCGUGUAAUCGAAUUCAUUGGUUCCAGUUUGCAGACGACGCGGCUGUCAUUAGUAGCCAAGAAAAAGAAAAUCAAAUCCUACUCAAUCGCUUCUCGGUAUGGUGUCAAUGGGCCAAUAUGAUUAUACGUGUUGACAAGUGCUCUACGUUCGGUAUUAAAAAACACUCAUCUAAAUCUGUUCAAUAUCAACCUAAAUUGUUUAUUAACCACCUACUUGUACCCCGUACCGAAACUGGUGAAUCUUUCCGCUACCUUGGUCGUUAUUUUAAUUUCAACAUGUCAGAUGAAAAACACCAAUCGGAUAUAUGUGACUUGUUUAAUAAUAUCAUAUCUAAAAUAGAUGAAUUACAUUUGCACCCCCGAAAUAAAAUUCUGCUAUACAGUCGCUACUUGCUCUCGAAAAUCUCAUGGGACUUCACAAUAACUGAUAUAUCUCAAACAUGGGUUUGCGAGACUUUGGACGGUAUUGCUAUACUAAAUAUAUACGAAAAUGGCUCGAACUGCCAAUAUCUGCAACUCUAA